ACAUUGACAAUUACAAGAAGAAGAUUCCAACAUUCUCAUGCUACAAUAUGUUCAAAGUUUUUAAUUAAUUUUACGUUUGUCAAUAUUGGUGUUUAAUAUUUAAUUAUAAGAUUGACUUUUUAAGUUUCUAGUGAGUACUCCUACAUUAUUGUAGGUUAUUUCGAAAGAAUGGCUCCUAAAAAGGUAGAAGAACCGGAGAAGAAGCCACUUAUUGGCCGAGUGGGCACCAAUUUAAAAGUUGGUAUAGUGGGUGUACCAAAUGUCGGAAAGUCUACAUUCUUUAAUGUACUUACAAAAAGUCAAGCAGCGGCAGAAAACUUUCCUUUCUGCACAAUAGAUCCUAAUGAAAGUAGGGUACCAGUACCCGAUGAGAGAUUCGACUAUUUGUGUGAAUAUCACAAACCAGCCAGCAAGGUUCCAGCGUUCCUGAAUGUGGUUGACAUCGCGGGGCUGGUGCGUGGUGCAGCGGAGGGACAGGGGCUCGGCAACGCCUUCUUGUCCCACAUCAAAGCUUGUGAUGCUAUUUUCAAUCUUUGUCGUGCGUUUGACGACGAGGAUGUCAUCCACGUGGAUGGUGAGGUGAACCCCGUGCGGGACUUGGAGACUAUUGGCGAGGAACUGAGGCUGAAGGAUGAGGAACAGCUUCUGCAGAACAUUGAGAAGCUCGAGCGUGUUGUCAACCGCGGCGCUGACAAGAAACUCAAGCCAGAAUAUGACGCUCUCAUGAAGAUCAAAUCAAUUUUAGUUGACGAGAAAAAACACAUUCGUUUUGGUGACUGGAGCGCUGCCGAUAUAGAGGUACUUAACCGAUAUCUGUUCCUGACAUCGAAGCCAGCUCUAUACCUUGUCAAUCUCUCUGAAAAGGAUUAUAUCCGCAAAAAGAAUAAAUGGUUACCAAAGUUAAAGGAAUGGAUUGACAAGAACGAUCCCGGAGCACCUCUCAUCCCCUUCUCCGGUGCGUUGGAGAGUAAACUGAUGGACAUGGAGCCGCAGGAGAGGCAGGCCUUCCUCAAGGAACAGAACAUCACUAGCGCACUUGACAAGAUAAUAGUAGCGGGGUACAAGUCGCUUCAGCUCGAGUACUUCUUCACAGCCGGCGUUGAUGAGGUCAAGGCUUGGACCAUACAGAAAGGCACGAAGGCGCCGCAAGCCGCGGGCAGGAUCCACACUGACUUCGAGAAGGGCUUCAUAAUGGCGGAGGUGAUGCACUACAAGGACUUCAAGGAGGAGGGCACCGAGGCCGCCUGCAAGGCCGCAGGGAAAUACCGACAACAAGGUCGUAACUACGUGGUGGAGGACGGUGACAUAAUAUUCUUCAAGUUCAACGCGGGCGCGGGGCUGAAGGACGCGAAGAAGAAAUGACGCGGCAAAGUGCUGCUGCUGCUGCUGCACGCGCUCUACCUCAACCUCGCGCUCUACACCAUCGCGCACGUCUGACUGCAGCCCCACUACAACCUGUACCAUAUAACUGCUAUCUGUACUGUCUGGCCGCAGAUUGUACCAUCUAACUGCGGAUUAUAAUCUGCAUUGUAUACCAUCUUAUUCCAGCUUACACCAUCACCUAACUACAACUUGCACCAUAUAAUUGCAAUCUAUACCAUAUAACUGCAGUUUGUACUGUCUGACUGCAGUCUGUACCAUCUCACUGCAGAUUAUAAUCUGCAUGGUAACUCAUCUGAUUAGAGCUUGUACCAUCACCUAACUUCAACUUGUACCAUAUAACUGCAGCCUGUAUCAUAUGUUUGCAGUCUGUACUAUCUGACUGCAGUCUGUACCAUAUGUUUGCAGUCUGUACCAUAUGUUUGCAGUCUGUACCAUAUGUUUGCAGUCUGUACCAUAUGUUUGCAGUCUGUACCAUGUGGCUGCAGUGUACUAUCACCUUAUUGCAAUCUGUACUACGUUACUGCAGUUUGUGUCACCCACCAGCAGCUUUGACAUUCACUUGACUGCAGAAUGUACCAUUACACGGCUGUAGCUUGUACCAUUGUGCGACUGUGGGCAUAGCACGAAAAUUUCUGAGAAAGCAUUCGUAACGUCAUCGGCAAUUUUAUAAUAUUUAUCAGUGUAUUUUACGCCCGCUAGUAGUACAGAUAAUACACAUUUUGUCAGUAACGUUACGAAUAUAAUCGUCACCGUCAGCAGCGUGCAGCUUAUUUCAACAGUGACGACUAACAUAAUAUGGCUUUGUUAAUGUUCUUAUUUAUGUAUAAUAAACAUUUUUUUGUAAAUUAAA